AUGGCAAUGGAAGAAGUUUCCGGUAAGAGCUCACGGUUCUCAGCCGAUGGUAUAUAUUUGACCCAGGAUUGUGUCACCCAGAACAAGCCACAAAACAGCCCUCGGAGACGAUACGGUCCGUUCGGUCGCGUUGAGCUGCCGAAGUUCUUCGUGACGAGCUAUGGGCUAGAAUGCUGGUUCCCGAUCAUCGAAUCGGAUGGGCUCACCAUCGCAGUCCUUCUCUGCGAUACUCACCGCGAAUACAUCGGCCUCUUCCUGCAUCCAUCAAACUGGAUUAUCCAAGAUCCUACGAGGAAGAAGUACCACGUCGGCUAUGGAUUCAGGCUGGCCUCCGGCAGUAUAUCCUUCACCCGCCUUGUCUCCCUCGGCAACAAUUUUUACGACCUCCGGCUCAAUGGCAAGACGGUCACGGCGGAGUGGCGCGACAUCUUCAUCGCGGACAGCCCACCACCGAUAAAGAGGGACGUCCCAAUGAACCUCUGCUACCCUUUGCACAGUCUGCUUCCUGCACCGCCGUUCUGUAUCCCUCACUGGCUCAUCGGGAGGGUGACACUGCUAGGAAUGGAGCUACGGCCACUAGAUGUGCGGAGCAAGCCUGCGGAUGGGAAGCCGCUCGCGGUGGUGGCGAGCUUCACGGAUGUCGACGUGAGGGAAGGGAUCCGACUCCUCCUCGGGACGUGCGGGAAAUCACCUGACAGUAGGGCACGUUGGGCGAAGGCGAUGUCACGUUACUCAGCGAACUGGAGUGACAAGUGGGACGUGGCGCACGACUGUCAGGAGCACCACCUGGAGGCUUGGCCGGGCUGGACGAAGGACUUUGGAGACAUCGAGCAGACGAUCCGCCUGUCGUUCUCCCGCUGCAAGCUGACUCCUCAGCAUACCUUCGUGGUGCAUAUCGAGCUGGAGGGCAGGGUCUACAACGCGAUCAAGGACCAGACGAACGUCAGGUUCCCGUCUUGGGAAGAAGCAGGGCUAUUUCAGACCAGCAUCAUCAUAUCUGACGUCCCAUCUUCCUUCGGUGAGGGUGCUUGGGUCCCACCCGUCUUAACCUCGUCUCCAGAAGUGAAGGGAUCGAAGGAUACUCUAUCAACACCUACCACGGGGCUGUCGCAGAUGGGCCACGCUGAUAGUCCACCUGAGGGCAGCCCUCCGCCUGCGUCGGUCGAUUCGACUGGAUGA